GCUACCCUUGAGAUAUAAGGAUGCCGAACUGGGGAGGUGGAGCCAAAUGCGGCGCCUGCGAAAAGACGGUGUACCACGCCGAGGAAAUCCAGUGCAACGGAAGGAGUUUUCACAAGACGUGCUUCCUCUGCAUGGCUUGCAGGAAAGCUCUGGACAGUACCACAGUGGCAGCUCACGAAUCGGAGAUCUACUGCAAAACUUGUUACGGGAGAAAAUACGGUCCCAAAGGUAUCGGCUUCGGCCAAGGAGCAGGAUGCCUCAGCACUGACACCGGUGACCAUCUGGGCUUGAACCUGCAACAGGGGUCACCAAAGUCUGCUCGCCCUUCUACACCAACUAAUCCUUCUAAGUUUGCCAAAAUGAUGGUAGAUGUGGAUAAAUGUCCCCGUUGUGGCAAAUCAGUGUAUGCUGCAGAGAAGAUCAUGGGAGGAGGAAAACCUUGGCAUAAGACGUGCUUCCGCUGUGCCAUUUGUGGAAAGAGUUUAGAAUCUACGAAUGUUACAGACAAAGACGGAGAGCUCUACUGUAAAGUUUGCUAUGCAAAAAAUUUCGGUCCCAAAGGAAUUGGGUUUGGUGGCUUCACUCAAGUGGAAAAGAAAGAGUGCGAAUAAGAAGAAAUGGAUGCAAUAGACUCAAACCGCUGUUGAUGCCACCAAGUGAUAGUUGUCAAGUAAAACACUAAACGUCACACAUUGCUAAGAACCUAGGGCAUUUGUUUAUUAUUCUCCACUUGCAGGAAAAGCUGGUGAGCUUCUACCUUGAGAAAUUCUUAGAAUAGCUUAAAAAGGUACA